AAGGCACAUCACUUAUCCCUAUGAUGAUUUGGUCCAUAAUGACUUCUAAUCAGCUGUCUAAUCACAAGCCUUACCCAAUGUGUAUUGUGGUUUGUCCCACAAUAAACUCUCUUACAAGCUGGUCAUGUAUCUGUCAUCUUGGCACCAUAUCUCUCAAUUUUGUCCGUGGAUUAUCAAGGGAAACAGGCUUUUAUGGUGGCAUGUAGCAUUUUGAAAGCAACAAUAUGUAUAACAUCUACGUUCCCAAUCCUGUCUUGGUCAUAAUUGAUGUCGAGCCUAAGGAGAUGGGAAUUCCAACUAAAGCUUACUAUGCUGUUGAAGAGGUUAAAGAGAAUGCUACUCAGAAAAGCCAGAAGGUAUUUGUGCAUGUGCCUUCAGAAAUUGCCGCUCAUGAUGUUCAGAAAUUGCUGUUCUGUUGUUUGAUUCUCCUCUUGAGCUCCGUUCUGUUCCUCACUGUCACCGUGAGAUCGCCGAUCUUCAAGGUAUGUUUCGUUUCUCUACUUUCUUUUUGAUCUAUACAAAUUGCAUAUAUAUAUAUAUAUAUGUGUGUGUGUGUGUGUAUGUAUGUAUAUGAUUGUAUUUAUGAAAUUUAAUUUGAUUGUUGAUUGUUUGUUAUUUGAGCUUCAAAUCUGUGAUUUUGUUUUUGGUAAUAUCAUAUCUGCUUUGUCUCUCUUUAGUCCAUUGUUUUUCCUUUUUUUGGAAUCCCAUUUUGGCAUUUCUUACUUUCUAACUCUCCUAAUAAUGAUUUCGGUGUAGUUCCCAUGUAAAUUGAUAAACUUUCAUCUUGGUAUGUUCUCUGAGUUUCCUUUUUUUUCAAGCUGCUACACAUGGGUGGUCCUGUUAUUGACUACUUGUGCAGAUAGCCAAGAAAGAAAGGCAUUUUCUUCAUUCAUAUCUUUAACUAUUUUCUCCCUCUGGAUAUUGAUAAUAUAAUAAAUUUGUUUGGGUUUGUUGCAAUUAUAUGCUAAUUGAAUAUGAAUUGUUGAACUUGUUGGGUAUGUUUUUUUUUUCCCCCUCGCUAUUUCAAAAGGG